AGUCCUUGUGCUGGAUCCCAAAGCCAGUAGGGCAUCAGCACUACAAGGUUAAGGUACUUUUUCCACUUUUGCCUUUGCUGAAUUUUUUCGAAGAGAAACCUUUGGGUGGUUUGAAAGUGCAUGGACGUUCCUGUCUUAGCGGUAAGAAAACUGCAGCUCCAGAAUCGCUGACAUUUGUCAGGUUCUUAUCACAGAACUGUAGCUGUAUUGGGUGUUUUGACUGAAAACGUCUGAAGCACUGAAAGGCUCUGAAAUAUGAGCGUGAACAUUUUUGGCUGAGAAGCAGUUUUUCAAACCCGCUAGCGUGAUGGGUCAGCGGCUGAGUGACGAUUCGGACGAUAAAGAGAUAGACGUUGCAGAACUGCAGGAGUGGUACAAGAAGUUUGUGGUGGAAUGCCCCAGUGGAACCCUCUUCAAGCAUGAGUUCAAGAGCUUCUUUGGUGUAACUGACAACCAAGAGGCUGCGGACUACAUAGAGAACAUGUUCCGAGCCUUUGAUAAAAAUGGGGACAACACUAUUGAUUUUCUGGAAUACGUUGCAGCCUUGAAUCUGGUGUUGCGGGGCAAGCUGGAGCACAAACUGAAAUGGACUUUUAAAAUGUACGAUAAGGAUGGGAGUGGCUGCAUCGACAAAACAGAGCUAAAAGAGAUUGUAGAGUCAAUCUACCGAAUGAAGAAGGCAUGUCAUGGGGAGCUGGAUGAAGAGUGUAACCUACUUACCCCAGACCAGGUGGUGGACCGGAUAUUUGAGCUGGUGGAUGAGAACGGAGAUGGGGAGCUGUCUCUGGAUGAGUUCAUUGAUGGUGCACGGCGUGACAAGUGGGUCAUGAAAAUGCUGCAGAUGGAUGUGAACCCAGGAGAGUGGAUCAACGAGCAUCGUCGAAGGAGUGCCAACUUCUGAAGCACGUCCAACAAACUCCCAACAUUUCACUCAGUCUGACCACAUUUUACAAUUGUCUGAAAAACACCAUUAGUUCUUGGGAUGAGGAAGCACAGAGGAAACCUUGGGCCUUUUCCUUGAGCAAAAAUCGACUUGGAGCGAGAUACGCUUGGGAAAUGACAAAGGAAAUGUACUUUCACAUCCCUUAUUCCCUUUUCUCAUCUGUACCACUUGAACUGCAUCAUCCUCCCAACAAUUGAAUGUAUUUCCUGCUUAAUUCCACUUGUUCUGGUGAGACUUGUUCUGGAAACUUGCUACUUAGCUGAGAUCCAUUUGAAUUUUGAAGUCAGUAUUGUUUAGAUUUCAAGUCAAACUAGUAAGCUGAUGAGUUAGACAUUGUUACAUGGAAUCUUUGAAUAUGAAUAUGUAUGUAUAUUGUGGUAAAGUCACCUUUUCUCUGUAUAUAUUUACUACCAGUAAGAUUAUUGAUUGUACUGAUAACAAGAUGUAUAAGAAUGUGUGUCACCUGAUGAGUAACUGAUAAAUAAUAACUGAUAAAUAAACUUUAUAGGUACUUUAA